GGAUACCGGAAUCUUAUGUCAACGUCCUAUCAACCAACCUUUCUCCUCCGGCGGUAAAGAUUCUGAGGUGGCACAAUGUGGUAACGCAGAGAUAUCGUCAUGAUAUCUAGCUUAACAUAAAGUGCUUGGUAGGACUCCUCUGGACUGCCUACUGGCAGGCUGAGUUUCGGUUAUGAGAUCUCGGACUUACCCUAUUAAGGUUGGCGGCGGAUUUGGCUUGGAAUAGUGUACAGUAAGAGAUCCCUAGCUUAAACGGUAGCAUGAUUGACCGUUUUGAUGACCAAUACCUCGCAUCUCGUUCCCCGAGUGAAUACCGGCGUUUGCGUUCCCCAUCUUCCCCGGCCGUCUCCAUAGACAGUCGUGAUAUCGCGGGAAGUGGUCCAGCGCAGCGCGCCUUUGCUAUACGUCCAGGUCGCCAUAUUGCUGAAGUUGGGCAUAGCCGUCCGUUAAAAGCACAUUCGCCAUGGAUGCCGCGCAGCCUUCGCCGGCGACCACUUGGUCCUGGCUGGAGUCCGACGCUGUCCCGCAUAUCGUGUCACAACCUUUACCUAUGAUCGUGACUAUUCUUGCUGCUAUCUUCGUUGCUUAUUCAGCCUGGAGCUCGAGACUUCGAAAGCUGCCGCCGAUCCUUAACACUCCCAGUCGUUUUGACAUGAGUAAUUCUCUGGCCAAGCUAGAUUUUCUCCAGAAAGCUGCCAGCCUAUUGAAAACCGCGAACAACGAUUACGCCAACAAGCCAGUUCGCAUUGCGACGGACACUGGCAAUUUGAUUAUUUUACCACCGAAUCACCUCGCCCAGGAGAUCCGAAAUGAACCCAAUUUGAGCUUUUUCGCCAGCUCUGAAGAAGACUUCCAUGGCAAGCUUCCAGGCUUCGAGGCGUUCAACGCCGAGAAGGCCGCCGGCAUGCUUCUUAAGGUGACUCGAAAUCAAUUGACAAAAUACCUAACGAAGGUAACAAAGCCGGUAUCCUUGGAGGCAAGCUAUGCGCUGCACAACCUGCUUGGGGACUCUCCUGAAUGGAAAGAGGUCAAUGUCCACCACACGAGCGUGAAGUUUGUGUCAAGUCUGUCUUCUCGCAUUUUCUUGGGUGACGAACUUUGCCGUAAUAAGCUCUGGUUAGACACCACCUCUCAGUAUGCCAUUAAUUCUAUGCACGCGGUCAAGAGAUUGCGCUUGUAUCCGAAGUUCUCGCGUCGCUUCGUUCACUGGUUCCUACCUGAAUGCCGAUUGAUUCGCAGGCUGCUCAAUGAAGCUCGGGGUAUCAUUCAAGAAGUCCUUGACAGAAGACGGGCGGAAAAGAUCGCAGCUGGCAAAGAGGGUCGGCCAAUUCCACGUCACAACGAUGCUAUUGACUGGGCUGAGGAGGAGUCGAAGAAUGACCCUUACGACCCUGCUGUCUAUCAGAUUGGUCUCUCCAUGGCCGCCAUUCACACUACAUCGGACCUACUAAACCAGACUCUGCAUAACCUAGUUCAGCGACCAGAACUGAUCAACGACUUGCGCAAGGAGGUUAUAGAGGUUCUGAAAAGCGAAGGUCUCACGAAGACUGCGCUUUACAAUCUCAAGCUGAUGGAUAGCGUUCUCAAGGAGACACAGAGGCUGAAGCCGAUAAAGAUGACAACCAUGCAUCGUAUUGCCCUUGCAGAUGUCACGCUGUCAGAUGGCACUGUCAUACCCAAGGGCACCAAGUGUGCUGUUCGCUCUACCAAACGCCUCGACCCGAACGUCUACGAAAAUCCGGACGUCUUCGACGGGGCUCGAUUCAUGCGUAUGCGUGACGUCGAUGGCAAAUCAAACCAAGCACAUCUCGUGACUACUGGGACCGAGGCGCUUGGCUUCGGCCACGGUCUCCAUGCUUGUCCUGGGAGAUUCUUUGCGGCGAACGAGCUCAAGAUCGCGCUUGUCCAUCUACUUCUCAAGUAUGACCUGAAGCCCACAAAGGACUACGUCCACAAGGUCAUUGAGCUGGGAUUCGAUCUUCGAGUCGACCCUAAAAGCCAAAUCAUGGUCAGGAGACGAAAGGAGGAGAUAGAUCUGGAUUCAUUAUGAUCGUCUGCGUUUGGCUGUAGUGCGCUCGACUCACCAUAGUUCUGGUCAUGUUCUGAAAUAACCUGUAUAUCAUCAUUCUGCAUAUAACUCUGCAGCCACCUAGGCUACAGCUACUUUUGCAACGCCCUCUUUUCUGACCAUUGGGGGACGCUUUUGCUACGUACACAAGUCUUGGGGAAUUCUGCAGUCAUCUUUCUUUUCCAUUUGCUCUUAGGGUACUCUGAAAUGGCAUCUAGCCUGCCGUUAUCUUCAUAUCGCUUCGUAAGCUCUUCGUGGAUGUCCGUCUCGGCGCUUUUUUGUUGAAAUCGUGACGAUCGAAGGCCUCCGGACCAGGCUGCUAUCAAUAGAUGCUCAAUUCUGAUAAGUCUCUAUUCUAUGGAGUGCAUGUGGAUAGUGUACUCGCAAUGAAAUACGAAAGUCCUGUAUGGACAUGAGUUUAGGUAGCUGCUCGAGUCCUAGGUCCCAUAGUUA